UAACAUAACAUGAGGAAAGCAGGCGCUCCAGCAUCAGAAAAAGCAGAGAUAUCAAAAUGAGAAUUGUCUGUGAGAAUAGUCAUCCUGCCUGUUAUUUAUGGACCUACUUUGAUAUUUCUGAAAAGUGAUCAAUACAAGAUAAAGUAGAAAAAAACAUGGCCUCUUACAUGGACAACAGUGAAAUGCACAACAGUGGAUCAGGAUCUACACAGGACUCAGGACAGCCCAGUGACUCUCUUCAAGCACUCUUGAGGACACUGGGACUCGAAAAAUACUACCCAAAUAAGCUGACUCUAAGAUUUUUACUAGAGAUCAACAGCGCUAGUGUGUCAGACGAAGAGCCCAACUCACUGCAAGCAAUACCAUGGGCUUUCCUAAGAAAGUUACUGAUGGUUAAUUCAAAUUCAAGGUCUUUAUUAUCUACAUUUUGUGAAAAUGAUGAAACAGAAGACUCAUCUGCUGAGGAGGACUGUGAAGGUUGUCUCAAUCUUCUAGAUCUCAGCAUUGCUCUCUUUGCCUGUGCUGACAGUUUCCUCCAGCAAGAAAUAACACUUAAAAUGUCAAUGUGUCAGUUUGCAGUACCCUUUCUGAUACCCCAAGAAGUACAUGGUCAGUGCACUCUUAAGUUGUGGGCUCUAAGAGGUAUCCUGAAAGAGUGGCGUCCCCAUUCGAUGACUGAAUAUAAAGGAUUUGUUGAAGAAAAUGUAGUUCAUGCAAACAUUCCUCUGGUGUCAUUUGUGAGAUUACGUAACUGCAGCUUGUCCAAGUCUCAAGUUUUAAAUGAAGUUCUCAGUCAGUCACAGCAACAUCAUGAUUUCUUUUUACAUCGAGAAAUGAUCGGAGGGUCUGCUCAGAGGUUGAUUGCUAAUGGCCUGGUUGAAAUAUGCUGGAAUCUGCCUUGUGGAAACAAUAGCAUUGAUGCAUUCCCCGAGCCAGUGGCUAUUGCUAAUUUAAGAGGAGAUAUUUGCACUUUUGAAACACAAUUCAGUUUUCUUACUCAGGUAUCAGCAGCUAUCUUUGUGUUCCUGGACAGUGUUGAACAAGAAGAGCAAAUAUUAUUUGCUUCCUUAGAGAAAACUAAGUCCAAAAUCUUUCUUGUGGUAAACUCUCAGAGAGAAAUGAAGGAGAAUGUUAAGACAUCUGUUGAAACAGCAAUUGGUACUCUGAAGUUGGAAAGAGAGUACAUAAUUAAGAAAAGCCAAAAAGCCAAUUUGGCUCGUUUCUCAAAGAUCAUCACUUCUGCUAUGAAAAAAUUGCUUGGUGAGAGCUCCAUAUCAUCUGAAAGGUCUAAAAUUGAGUCUAUGAAGAAUGUUGCUCAAGAAUUAGGUGUUGUAAUUGAUGAAUAUCAGAGCAAAGCCUCUGUAUCAGCAGAGAGUGCAGCUGAGGAUAUCAUAAAAGGUUUUGGAAUACUUCAGGUAGUAGAUUACAAGAAGAGACAGCUACCACUGCAAGGUGAAAACUGGAAAAGAUUGGCUCAGAUUGAAAAAGAGGAAUGCAGAUUACAAAAUUCAGGACAGCUAAGCUUGGAAGAAUACAAGGUUCAGCUUCUGAAAGAAAAAGAUGAAAUUUGGAACAAACAAAGCAAGUACAGGAUGACAAAAGCAAUGACUGUCUUCAUAAGGGCUUUGUCAACGUCUGAUUACAGCGAGAGAGCCUUCUUCCUCAGAUGGAUGGGAUUGAAGUUGGACAGUAAAUCACGCAAGCACUUGUCAGAACUUCGACACAAAUAUAAAGAGUGUGAACGAAAGGGAGAUAGGGAAGGCAUUGCCUGCUUGGACCAGAGCCUUCUUGAUAGUGCUCUUGGAAUUGAACAUUACAUGAGAGAAAUGGGGCUGAUCUAUGAGACUGCUUCACUUGGUUCAAGCAAAUUAUCUGAAGAAACUAGCCAUCUCCCUGUUCUGGCUGCUGAGCUGCUUCUGGCUGGGUUUCCUCUUGAGCUACUUGAUGGAGAGGCAUCAAAUAUCCCUCAAAAAUGGAUAAGUGAUGUUCUCAUGGAACUGCACAGGAAGGUUGGGCAGAAGAGUCGUCUGUUGGUCCUGACAGUGUUAGGGGUUCAGAGCUCAGGCAAAUCAACACUGCUCAACACUAUGUUCGGUGUCCAGUUUGCAGUCAGUAGUGGUCGAUGCACUCGUGGAGCAUCCAUGCUUUUUCUUCCUCUUGGUGAGGACCUAAAAGAAGAAUUACAGUGUGACUUUGUCCUUUUAAUUGAUACAGAGGGUUUGAAAUCACCUGCUCUGGCCCUACUUGAAGACAGUUAUGAGCAUGACAAUGAACUAGCCACAUUAGUGAUUGGUCUUAGUGAUGUAACCAUCAUCAAUAUUGCAAUGGAGAACUCUACUGAGAUGAAGGAUGUCCUACAAAUAGCAGUUCAUGCUUUUUUACGAAUGAAGGAAAUUGGUAAAAAAACAGUCUGUCAUUUUGUUCACCAGAAUGUUGCUGGUGUAUCAGCAUAUAACAAAAACAUGACAGAGCGGAAACAGCUCCUGGACCAUCUAAAUGAGAUGACAAAAAUCGCAGCUGGGAUGGAAAAGCAGCAUAAAGUGAAUGAAUUCACUGAUGUUUUGGAUUAUGAUGUGAAAAAGAAUAACUGGUAUAUACCAGGCUUAUGGCAUGGCACACCACCAAUGGCUCCAGUUAACACAGGUUACAGUGUGGCUGUUUUUGAUUUCAAGCAAAACCUAGUGGAAAUUCUUAAAGCAAGAAAAGAAGAACAACCUUUUCAGAUUCCAGAGUUUCUGCAAUGGAUGAGUAGCUUAUGGAAGGCAGUGAAAUUUGAAAACUUCAUCUUUAGCUUCAGAAACACUCUGGUGGCCCAUGCCUAUGACAGUCUUUGCAAAGAGGUUACAGAAUGGGAGUGGUGUUUCAGAAAACACAUCCAGUCUUGGCUUACAAAUGCAACAGUUAAAAUAUCAAACACCGAAACCAGUUGUAUGCAGUCAAUUAAUGAGGUUGUUGAUCCACUUAGAGAGGAAGCAAAGAAAGAGAUUGCCUCUCAAACAAAAGAAAUGACUGAAAAAUUAAAAGACUACUACAAAAGGAAAGACCGCUAUGUGCACUUGGUGGUGAAAUACAAAACUGAUUUUGCUAAGAGCAUCAAAAAUCUUGAGAAUGAAAUGAAGGAUGAAGUGAGGAAGCGAUUAGAGGCUGCUCUUGAGAUGAGAAGAAACAAACAGAAAGUAGAGGAGAUUCACAGACAGCAAGCUGCAAUGAUUGAGUUCCAAGUCCUGCAGCUGCUGCAAAAUUACAAAUAUCAGAAAGAUGAACUGUCUGAUGAGGAUCUCAAGGCUGACUUUGAGAGCAUGUGGAGAAGAGAAUUGGAAAACAUCUCUAGCUUUAAAGAAAGGGAUAUUCCAGCUGAUGUUUUCAAGCAAAUGAGAUCCAAUUUAAUGAAUCGCAAUGUCAGUGAGGACUUACAGAAAGUUCAAAACUUGACACAAUAUGGUCUACAGCAGUUCCAGGUGAAAGACAAACAUGUAAAAUUCUUAACCAGACUUAGAAAUUUUUUCACCAGACAAAAUGCAAAGCAAGAUGUGGAGAUUCUUGCAAAUGAUGUCAUUCUGAAUUGCUGUAGAAUGAUUGAAGAGUUGACAAAGUCUAAAAUGGACUACCAAGACGUAUUUACAAAAGACAUAUUUGAGGAAAUUGAUAUGCACCUCAAACAAGCAGGCACCAAAGUCAAUAUCAAGUUUGAGGUAGACCUAAAACUGCACAUUUGUGGCAUUGCUUCUCGAAAAUUCCGUGAGAUGCACAGGAAAUUUCUCACUGCUCAAGAUCCUUUAAAAAACUUGGAGAAAUUCAAGAGCCAGUAUCUUUCUGAUUUCAUUGAUUUGUACAAAAAGAGGGAUCAGUGCCAAAGAAAAGCACAAGACUUCACUCAGCUCUGUCUCAAACCAGCAGUGACUGAGUACAUCAAUCAAUCCCUUGGAACAGACAUUGUUGAUGCAGUUUUGGCCAACUCGCCGACUGAGUAUAGUACACGGUUUCUGUUCCAAUACAACAUUCAGAAAGAUAUGCUGGAACAACUGGAUUUCACUGACUUUCUGCAUUACAUUCUGCAUUACAAGAGUUAUGUCAAGGAUUGGAUAUAUAAUCACAUUAUUCAAUGCUUCUCCGAAGAUAUAUCCUUGCAAAAAUUAAAAAUGAAAAAGCUGGACAAUGUAUUUGAAAAGAUCAUGAAAGCAGUGGAAGCUUCAAAGCAUGGAGAGGAUGGACUUCCUUUGUCCGAUGAUGCAGAAAGCACCAGAAAGUUGAUACAGAAUUUUUGCACAGCUCUCAGCAAAAUCAUUUCAGUGCCCAGGGAUGCUGUGGAAGGAGUCCUUUUUCAGAACACAAGUUGUUGUAGUUCAUUUACCAAAAGUCUCUGUGAGUGUUUAGAUGACAUGAAAAGGCAGCUAGCAGAGGAGAUCUCAAGGUCAUCCGAUAUCGUUGAGACACUAAACAGUGUGCUAGUGAAACCCCAAGAUGAGCUGUUCAAGAGGGUCUUUGGUUGUGGGAAGCAGUGUCCCUUCUGCAAAGUUCCAUGUGAUGCAGGAACAAAGAAACAUCAGAACCACCAUGCAGCUGUGCAUCGACCACAAGGGCUUGGCACAUACAGAGAUUUGGAGACUAACAUCCUAUGUGAAGAAAUUUGUACAUCUAGUGUACAUGGCAAUGGGGCCUUUCUAAAUCAUGAGACAAAUUUUGAACCUCAUCCUUACAAACAAUACCAUACCUACUACCCAAACUGGACUAUCCCACCAGACAGUUCUAUAGAGGCCUCAGACUACUGGAAAUUUGUGCUGGUAACAUUUAAUAACGAAUUUGCUGAAAGGUAUAAAGCAAAGCCAGCUGUAUAUCCAGAAGCAUGGAACAGACUUACUAAGGACCAGGCUCUUAUUAGUCUGAAAUCUGCCUUCAAUAUUACAUGAGACAAAACUGUCACUAAAAUUAAUGCUUUUGCUGCAUAAAAAUAAAAAUGCAUUACCAUAUGUGAAAACAGAUACAAAAUCCAUACCAAUGCAGAAGAAUGGAAAAAUGCUAAGAUUCAAUUUCAUGACUCAUGGCUUUGCUCAAGUAAACCAGAUGGAUUACCUUUAUUCUUUGUCUCAAAAUUUAAAACAGAUCAUACUAAAUGAUAUUUACAGCAAAUGUUAGAUUAAAUGGUGUGUAAGGACUGUCACUAACCGAAUUUCGAAAAUCUUAACCAAUCUUAACCAGUUCCUACAUACUAUGCUAGUAAUAUGUAGGAAAAUGAUUAACAUCAGAAAGGAUAUUCAGAAAUGUAUAAUUGCCAGUUGCAAAAAAAAAAAAAAUAUCACUUUGUGUGUUGCAUUGCAAGAGAUUAAACAGACCAAACACUUCAACAAAGGUUUUUAACUUUUAUUUAGGCAGUUUCAUGUGUGCUUGUGGUGAUAAUUAAAUUGUUACAUUUGUAUUUAAUCAUUUUAAAACAUUAUUCUGGAUAUAUUAUGUAAAAGUAUCACAAUACACAAAAAUGUAUAAAUCAUGAAUGUAUCAAUUCAUAAAUAAAAACUGGUUGUUAGUUUAGCUGAUUGUUAGCAUAUAUGAAAGGGUUUCAAAAAUAAAACUGAUAAAACAAUCAC